CUCCUUCUGGAGUUUCUCUGCUUUCUUCCAUGACGAGCAUGUCGCAACUGUCAUUGUUUUAUAGUAGAGUACUGUACAGCAUCUUGCACGGUCUCGUCCGAUAUGUUGUGUUCCAUCAUCUCCUUGGCGUUUGCCAUGACACUUCGAAUAAUAUCUGAGGAUAGUGUCAUUUGUUUCCACUAAGUCAUCCCACAAUUCCAAAUGACGUCCAGAAUUUGACGAUUCAUAGCUACGGAGUAUGACCAUAUGCUUGUUCCAAGUCUGAUCUUCUGAACAAAAAUGCGAUUCUUAGGAGUGCCACCGCCAAUUCUGAUCCUCUGCUUCUACCAAGUAGCUUCAAUAAUAUCGAAGUAUACUUUCAAUAUCAUUGUACGUGCAUCGGCAAGCAAGCAGACAAUUAUUGAGGUUGGAAUUACCUACUUGGAAGUAUUUCCACUGUACGUUGAUGAUUGGUAAUCUCCCGCGCCCUCCCUUUUUCAUCUCGUCUCGUAUUUGCCAUCCGGUCUUGGAGAUCAGACCUGCCCUUCUUUCCGAAUCCGGACGGAGAAUGAAGUUACUUCGUAUGCUGCCCUUUUCAGUGCUCUGCUGUUCUCUCAUUCAUCCAAAAUAUUUGGUCCAUAAAGUUACAGAGGAGGGUUCUGGAAAUGAGGGUUCGGGGCUCGCGGUGCGUGGUGGCCAUUGGUUUGGGUCCAUGAUCGAGGUGGAUAGGUCUCUGUUAAUUUCAAACACUGGAUGGUGGCUAUGGUCCGAGAUGAUGGCGAAGGAGAGCUUGGAGAGCAGUGCGGUCUACGAGUAGGCACGCGUACGUAGUACGGAGUACAUCGUCCAGCGGAUGAAUUGAUAUUGAAACGUUUCUCACGCUUUGUUCUGCUGCCAGUACCCAAUUCCUCUGGGAAGGAAGAUGGUGAUGGAGGUGCCUUUAAAAGGCUUUGAAACCACCAUCCUUUGGCCCAUCUUGCGGUUGAAUAGCUCUCAGUGAGACCCACCAUUGUUGACUCCUUACAUCUCGUCGCAGAAUGGGGGCAGGUGAUUCUGCGCCGCACCCUGUGCGGUAGUGACUGGCCGCAAGGAGAAUUCCCCGUAUGGAAGGCAUGGCCUCAGAGGCCCAGAGCCUGCUCGGUGUGGUGGUCAUGUUUACGCAGUCUCCGGAGUUCAUACGCUCAGCUGUCGUCUUUUCUCGUCUGUGACUUGUUUGUUCAACACGGCAGCGCUAGCGAUCCCCCGAUGCUGCUACGGUAAGCGACCCGUAGUGGCGCUGCGGUGUUUCAAGACAUUGAUGUACCGCUUGGCGCUUGGUACUCACGGCCCCCAAGGCCUCUCACCCUUAAAAGGACACCACGAACAUGGAAAGGGGGGACAGGGGAAUGGUGACAGGCGCUCCGAGACGCUGCGAAUCAAGCACACUCCCACACGUUGAUUGGUUCCGAGUUCCACCCUCCCUCUCCUGCCCGUCUGACUUGGCAUCGCAGGCGUCUCAUCGUGUGAGGCCCGACCCACAACCCCUUGUGCUACAACCACGAAAUCUCAAGAUUCAGCCUCAGACUCAACGCCCUCCGUACCAUAACGGUAAGGAUAUGGGUAAGGGUAAGGGUAAGGGUAUGGAUUUGGGUAUGGGCCAUGCCAUGGCAGUACCAGUACCAGCACCAGCAACACUACGACCACUAUGGGUCAGGCCAAUUUAGAUGGGGACGGUUUGACUUAUUAUAACCGUGGGUCUGUCCGCUCUGUUUCUCUGGCUGUGCCGUUCAUUUUGCUUCUCCUUCCAUCAUUUCUCAAAAUAUAUCACCAUGCAGUUCUUUUCGCUCCCAGUUCUUGUUUCCUUUGUUUUGGCUUCGUCGUCUGUCGUUACCUCCUCCCCUACCAGCUUAAGGCCGCGCCUGCUCUCCAUCCUCUCCAACUCGGAAGCCACCAAUAUCAUCCCGAAUAAAUUCCUCGUAGUCUACAACAAAAAUGCCUCGGACGAACAGGUUGAGACGCACCAGACCUCAAUCAAGACGGCCCUGAAGAAACGCAGCUUGUCAACGAGAGGAGACGAUGGAAGAAUACUGUCAACCGGAAUUUCAUCAUACUCGAUACAAGGAUGGAGGGCAAUGGCAUUGGAGGCAGACGACGCCAUGAUCUUGGACAUCGCAGGCUGCCCGGAGGUCAAUUAUGUUGAGGCCGACACAGUAGUUCAGACGAGCGCUUUGGUCCAACAAACGAAUGCACCACUGGGACUGGAGCGAGUCUCCCACAAAGAUGUCUCGACGGAUGGAUAUGUUUUUGAUAACUCGGCUGGCUCCGGAAUCACCGUAUAUAUCGUAGACACCGGCAUUCGAACCACUCACUCGGAGUUUGCCGGCAGAGCAACUUUCGGAAUUAAUACUGUAAACAAAAUUGUAAGUCCCCAUCACCCUCCCAAUCACGUCGGGUAAGUGCCAUCCAUGCUAACCAAAUACAGGAUACUGAUGAGAAUGGACACGGAAGUCACGUGGCUGGAACCGUUGCAGGCGCUACAUUUGGUGUCGCCAAAAAUGCCAGUCUCGUUGCCGUCAAGGUUCUCGAUGCAAAGGGAGCUGGUUCCAACACCGGUCUUGUUGACGGUCUUUCCUUCGUCAACGACGACGUUACCGCCAAGAAGAGAACAGGAAAGGCGGUUGUGAACAUGUCAGUUGGUGGAGAUUUGUCCAGAGGUGUCAACUCAGCCGUUGCAGCUCUGACCAAGAACGGAGUCAUUGUCGUUGUUGCCGCCGGUAACGAGAACGUGGAUGCAGCUCAAAGCUCGCCAGCCUCUGCCGCAUCAGCAAUCACUGUCGGUGCCAUCGACGCUGCCAACGAUACUAGAGCAGGCUUCUCCAACUUCGGUGCCGCAGUCGAUAUCUUUGCCCCAGGUGUCGGAGUUCAAAGUGUGGGAAUCAACAGCGAUACUGCCGUGAAAACCUUGAGUGGUACCUCCAUGGCGUGCCCUCACGUCGCCGGUCUUGCAGCUUACCUCAUGAACCUCGAGGGCCUCACUGACCCGACUGCCGUUAGCACGCGCAUUCUAGAACUUGGAAAGGAGAGUGGAGCUAGAGUCGCCAACCCAGGAAAAGGAACCGUCAACGCCUUCAUCGCGAAUAAUGGCAGUGGGAAAUAACGAACGGGAUUUGAAAUUAGCGAGCAUUUGUAUACCAUGAUACCUACACACCAUUAAAGGUGCAGAUGCAGUCUUCUCAUUUACAUUCAUAAAAAAGAUAUCAUAGGCUUCGGUUUUUUGUUCAUCUUUCAGGGGGUCGAAAAAACUGCCCAUGUGCAGGUCAUUUGGAGUUUUGUUUCAGAGCAAAUUAUAUUAUUUUAAUGAACCACGCAUGUAUAUAGUAUAUACCACCGGCUGGAUAAAUGACCGAAUCGUCUUUGUUAUUACU